GGUGGGGUUAAGUAUCCUUUGACAUCUCAAAACAAGAGGAUUACAGCUGGAUUCAUAUGGGCAUGAAUGUGUUCCCAAUGAAGACAAUUGUCAGCAAAGAGUCUCUCCCCCGGCCACAACUGCUGCCAUUGAUAAAGGAUGGACUUCACCUGUUAAUAUGUCACCAAAGAAGGUUUCGCGUGCUGCCAUGCUGAAAAGCCACUUCGCAGAUACUAUCUCCAGAGCUAGACAUCAUGCUCUCCUGGAUCAUGGCAAGAAGAUUAAUCCUGUGAGUAGGCAAAAAGAAAGGGAAAGACUGGAAAGGCAGCAGUAUGAAGAGAAGACUAGGAUUGCAGCUGAAAGUAAAACUGCUGUAGCAGCCUCCCGAAUGAGGGUAGAGACAGAGUUGAAGAUGCAACGUGAGAGGGAAAGAAAAGCAGCCAGAAUUGCAUUAGAAAAGAUGGGAAAAACAGUCUAUUUCAACGAGAAUCGAGAUAUUAUGGAGUUUGAAGCAAUAAUUGGAGGCAUCAGCAUUGGUAACUUGAGAAAUUCUCUGGAACAGCUUGGGUUAUACAUAAAGGAUGAUUACAUGGAAGAAGAUGAAGUGGAGGCAAUUCUGCAAGGUGAAGAGGGGGAAAUUCUUUCGUAAUCCUAGCUGCAUAUAUGUGUAGUUUUGAGUUGUUAAUUGUAAAUUAGUAUUCGUUUUGUGGGCUGUUAGGGAACGAUAGGCAAGAUCUCUAAUUAGUCAAUCAAACAUUGUAAGUACAACUAGUGCAUAUUUUUUUGUAGAUGCAGUCGAACAAAGAUUCAAUACAACUUGUGAAUAAUUUUUUGUGUAUUUAGAAUUUGUCUUGUAAAUCAGUAUGUCCAGCGUGGUGCUGCCAUUGGAUUGAAAAAGCAAUGUUAUCCCCGUAAGAUGGU